AUGCCAUCACGAUCGCACAGUUUGGCUGGAAUUCCGGAAUUUCGUGGAAGCGUAGCGGCUGCUCGUUACAGAAAAUCCUCCGUGACGGAUCCUAUUCGUCGUACAUCCGCCGGAAUUCCGGGGAACGUUGAAAGUGAUCUCCUGCUUGAUCCGAUCACCAUCAACCAAUCAGUGAACUUGGGAAAUCACGUUGACAGUCCGGUGGAAAAUGUCCGCAGGCUAGUUCUUCUACAUCCUGACGAUGAUCCGCUCAUAUUUUCUGAGAUGAUGACACUUGAACCUACCAUAGAAGGUGACGUUUGGAAACAGAACGCACGGUGGAUAAAGUAUAUACAAGUCGUCGAGGGAGAUUUCACUCGUUUUAGUAAACCGUAUAUCCCGUUGUUACAUAUACAGGCUUUAAUGCAGGCAAGGAAUUGCUUGAAAAAAGGUGUUAUUCUUUUGGAUGAGGGAGCAACGGAUUACGACAGUGUUGUUAACACAAUUGUAAACGAGUGGAUCAAGCGAGGACUACUGCGAGCAGUCGCAUCACCUGCUGUUCGUACAGCCUUGUUGGCUCCUAAACAACACCUUGGUGCAGAACAUAGGAAUUCUAAACAGAAGCUCUCAGAAGAGAGCGCAGAACGUAAUGAACGACUUUCUAAAAACGAAGAAGGAAGAGAGGAACACGUAACAAGCGGAAAUCCAAGUAAUGAGGAGAAUGAAAAAGACCAUGGUCUGUCUCUCCACCACGAACACUCAUCGUCGAACAUCGUAAAAGCCAAUCGCCGUUUGGUGUUGAAAAUGGGAUCACACGUGGAAGGUGCUGUAAUUCUGACCGGAAAGAUCGUGCAGCUGGAUCGAGCCGCAGCAGCUUUCGUUCGUCUUCGGGCUCCGCAGAAACUUUACCCUGUCGUUCCCGAUUUGCCGAUACCUAUCCGAUUCUUAUUUGUUCUUGUAAGCCCGAAAGAAAAUUAUGAUAGAGAGCUGUUAGGUGUGGGCCGCACAAUAGGAUCACUACUUUCAGAUGAGAUUUUUCGUAAAGUAGCACUGCACACACUCGAGCCAUACACCAUUGUCGAUGCCACCGAUGAAUUCCUCUCUCAAAUUGUCGCUGUGCCACCUGGUAUAUGCUCGACAGAUACACGAUGGGAGCCGAGAGAGACCGAGACGAAGCAAACGCGAUCAGUUGGAAUGUUGUAUGCCACUUAUCGGGAUAACGAAGAUGACGAAAGCCGAGGUCGUGAGGAAGGCAUUGUUAGGACAGGGAAACUUUUCGGAGGAUUGUGUCAGGAUUUGAGAGUUAAGAUGCCAUGGUACCUGUCAGACUUCACGGAUUUCUUUAGCGGACGAUUAUCACAGUCCCUAGCUGCAACCAUUUUUCUGUUCUUUGCCAAUAUCACAUCAAUUAUAACGUUCGGAGCAGUGAUGGAGCGGAUUUUACAUCAUCAAAUGGCAUCAGUCGAAGCCAUUCUCAGUGGCGGAAUAUCAGGGAUGAUUUUCGCACUGUUCGCUGGUCAGCCACUCAACAUCCUGUCGGCUACUGGUCCUACACUCGUGUUCGAGAACAUUUUAUUUGAAUUCUGCAUUGGCAAUGGCUGGGAGUUUUUGCCGUUUCGAUGUUGGGUUGGAAUAUGGAUAGCGGUUUUCCUCGUCGUCCUCACUGCCACUGAUAUGUCUGCCCUCGUUGGUCUUAUUUCCAGGUUUACCGAGGAGGCAUUUGCCACUUUAAUUUCAAUCGUCUUCAUAAUUCAAGCCUUUCAAAAACUUAUGGAGAUUUCGCAUGACGCUCCAAUAGUUGCAGAUCCAAGAGAAGUUUAUGAGUCUCCCUGCUUCUGCCAUAUCAAUAAUUUCGAUGAAAAAGUCAAUGCAACAAUUACCAUGAGGUUAAAAGAUAUAUCUGCUGAAGAGUGUGAGGAACGAGGCGGAGAGGCGGUAGGACUCCAAUGUCACUUCAAACCAGAUGUAUACAUGUUGUCAGUGCUAUUGACGUUUGGAACGUUUGCGUUAGCCUACGGAUUGAACCGAUUCCGGAAUUCAAAGUUCUUCACAUCAACAUUCCGCCACACUCUAAGCGACUUUGGUGUUGUUAUUGCGAUCACUGUUAUGACUGUGUUCUCUCACAUGGUUGGAUUGGACGUGCCAAGCCUUCACGUACCACGGCAUUUUAAGCCUACACUUGAUCGGCCAUGGGUUGUCGACAUAUCUCAGAUUCCUCCUCUUGUUGCUGCCAUUUCCUUCAUCCCUGCUGCCUUCUACACAAUUCUUAUUGUUAUGGAUCAACAAAUAACUGCUGUUAUCAUAAACAGAAAGGAUAAUAUGCUUAGGAAAGGAGAGGGAUACCAUCUUGAUCUCCUCGUCAUUGCCAUACUCGUGUUGAUCUGUUCUUUUUUGGGACUUCCUUUCUAUGUUGCUGCAACUGUGCUGUCAGUAAUGCACACAAACUCUCUUCGAGUCUAUUCCGACUCCUCUGCACCAGGAGAAAUCCCACGAUUUCUUGGAGUGAAAGAGCAGCGGCUUACAGGUUUCUUCGCUCAUUGCCUUAUUGGACUUGCUGUGUUUUUAACCGGGGUUAUAAAGCUUGUGCCUCUGCCAGUAUUAAUUGGAAUAUUUCUUUACAUGGGUGUCGUUUCUUUGUUAGGACAACAGUUCGUGCAGAGAAUCGCUUUACUGUUCACGUCUGUGAAAAAUCAGCCCGAUUAUACAUGGUUACGUUGUGUGAGGAUGCACAGAGUUCAUCUCUUUACAAUAGUACAACUCCUUUCUAUCUGUGGUCUGUUCCUGGUUAAGUACACGAAGACAAUCUCUAUGAUGUUUCCUUUAAUGCUUGUGGUCAUGGUGAUUAUGAGGAUGUUCGUCCUGGAAAAAAUAUUCACUCAGCUGGAAUUAUCAUCACUCGACGAUCUUUUGCCCUCUUUCAAAGAGGUAAUCAAACCCAGCUCAAAGAGACAAAGUCGUCAGGAGACGGAAGAUCUCCUAACAAAGAUGUAA